GUGUGUGUGUGUUUUUUGCAAUCUAAUGUUCUUGGACGCUGCUGCAGCCAAAGUUCCGCUGCUCUCAUCGACGUGUUCCGUUCUGACUCACGCAAGGCGUCUUCUUUCUACUCUGCUGUACUGUCUCGAGUGAAGUUCACAAGUGCAGAAUUAGUCACCAUGGCGACAACCAGCACAAGCCGAGUUUAUGAACUGGUGAUCUUCGGAGCUUCUGGUUUCACUGGUCAGUUUGUGGUUGAAGAGGUGGCUCGGAACUCAGCCGAGGGGCCAAAAGGAACUCUAAAAUGGGCCGUAGCAGGGAGAAGCCGUCAGAAGCUCCAACAAGUUCUGGAUCAGGCCGCAGGAAACCUCGGUAAGCCAGAGUUAAAGUCAGAAGUAGAUAUUAUAAUUGCUGAUGUUGAGGAUCCUGACUCCUUGGCCUCCAUGAGCAAACAGGCAGCUAUUGUUCUCAACUGCGUUGGGCCAUACAGGUUUUUUGGAGAGCCUGUGGUUAAGGCCUGUGUUGAAAAUGGAGCCCACUGCAUCGACAUAAGUGGUGAGCCCCAGUUUCUAGAGGGAAUGCAGCUGAACUACAACAGCCAGGCUGCCACAAGUGGGGUUUAUGUGAUUGGAAGCUGUGGCUUUGACUCCAUUCCAGCAGACAUGGGUGUGCUUUACACCAAAGACCAAUUCAAAGGGACAUUGACUGCAAUUGAAAGUUUCUUGUCAGUAAAUACUGGACCUGAGGGUGGCUCCAUUCAUGAUGGAACCUGGCAGUCGGCUGUCUAUGGUUUUGCAGACCAAGAUAAACUAAGGAGUUUGAGAAAGAAAUUAGGUCACAAACCCCUUCCAGUUGUUGGAGCAAAACUGAAACGAAGAGGUGCUGUAUUCUACAGUGAUGAGGUUAAACAAUAUGCAGUUCCUUUCAUGGGAUCUGAUCCCUCAGUAGUGAAAAGGACACAGCGUUACCUGUGUGAGGAGCUCAAGGAAUCUCCUGUCCAGUACAGUGCUUUUGCAGCUGUUGGUGGAGUCUGCUCUGUUAUUAAGUUAAUGUUUGCUGGCAUGCUGUUUUGGCUUUUUGUUAUGACUAGCUUUGGAAGAAAUCUUCUAAUUAAGUAUCCUGAGUGGUUCUCAUUUGGAUAUUUCACUAAAGACGGUCCCACUAGAAAGCAGAUGGAAGGCUGUUCAUUUAGCAUGACCUUUUUUGGUCAAGGGUAUAGCCAGGGCCAAGACCCACAGGAAGGUAAACCCAACCUCAAGAUAUGCACUCAAGUCAAAGGACCAGAGGCUGGUUAUGUUGCUACGCCAAUUGUUAUGGUACAGGCAGCCAUAACACUAUUGAAUGAAUCCAAGUCUCUACCCAAAGAGGGGGGAGUGUAUACUCCUGGGGCCGCCUUUUGCAAGACCAGUCUGAUUGAACGACUGAACAAGCAUGGUGUUGUGUUUUCUGUCAUCAGCAAGCCUGAGGCGUGAGAAUAUGUGCAGAAAUAGCCUUCCUUAUUUCAUAAUGUCACAAGAUGAAAUGCAGUUAAUAAUGGAGAAAAAAAAGCACUUCAGUAAAAUGCUUUGUAUGCCUAGUCUGCUUACAAGUUACUUUGCAUGUUUGCUUGUGUUUAAUGCACUUCUGAUGCCUGUGAAGCAACCCAGGUUUAUUGCUUUACGUGUAACAUUGUACUUCUGAAUAGGAGCCUCUUCUAAUGGAAUACUAUUGCCAUCAAAUAAAUAUAAAACACGCAAUUGUAUUUUUGUGUUGUUAUUAACACAAAAACCCUGAGCAUCCACUUUAUAAACACAUAAUAAAUGCAAAUGUCAGCCUUAUUAAACA